AUGAAAUCUUAUAGUAUAUACAAUAAGGAACAAAAGAAAGAAUUAUUUGAAAAUUUUAAAAAUGAGAUAAUAAAUUUAUUAGGUGUUCAUAACAUAUUUUUUCUAACUGGUAAGUUGGAAUUUGAGGAAGUGAUAAAAUUAAUUUUUAUUUUAUAUGAAAAGAAAAUACACACAUUAAAUGAGAAAUCAAAAUUUUGUUUAUGUUUUUCGGAUGAUAUAUUUAUUAACUGUUGUUAUGAAUUGAGUAAAAAUAAUUUGAGUGAUUUUUUUUUAUUCCCUUAUGUAGAUAAAAAUGAUAAGGAAUAUAUAAAUAAAAAGGAUGAAUAUGAAAAGGAAGAAAAAAAAUACAAAGAUAUACAACAAUAUGAUGAAGAUUUAUAUUAUGAAAAAAUCAAUACUUGUAAAAAUGAUAACAAAAUUGUAGUUAUAGAAGAAACAAAAUUAUUAGAAAAAAUUUUAUUAGACCCAUUAUUAAUACAAUAUAAUAUAAUUAUCUUAACAAAUAUUUAUAAAAGACAUUCUAAAACUGAUUUAAUAUUAUCUUUAUUAAAAAAAAUUAUUUUAAAGAGAAAUGAUUUAUAUUUAUUUCUCUUUUCUGACUAUUUUAGUGAACAAGUAUUACACUUUUUUAUUUCAUAUAAUGAUAAUGUAUGCAGCUGGAAAAAAAAGAACAACUCAUUGUGUGAUGAUGAUAAUGAACCUGUUGACAAUGAUUAUGUGAAGGAAAAAAAAGAUGUAGAAGGACCAAAAAAAAUUACACAAAAGGGAGAUAAUCAAGGUAAUGAAUGUAAUAUAAAAAGUAAUAUCAAUUUUGUUUAUAAAGACCAAGUGAAUAUUAAAAGGGUCAGUAAUAAUAUAUAUGAUGAAGAAGAAAGUUAUGAUUAUAAUAAAAAAUAUAGUACUAAUCUUUCUUAUGAUGAAAAAUGUUAUAAGUAUAAAAAUGAAUUAAAUGACCAUGUAAAGAAUAAAUUUUAUAAUAACAAGGAACAUAUUUAUAAAAAAGAUCAACAUAAUAAUAGGAAAAACAGAUAUUCAGUAGAAGAAAAAAAAAAAAAAAAAAAAAAAGAAAAGGAUAUGAAUUCGUAUGAAUUAGCAUAUGGAGAAAACAUAUCAAAUAUGGAAUUAAAGGAUAUUAUGAAGAAAGGGUCAGGAAAAAAGAAAUGUGCUUUUAAAAGAAACAACAUAUUAUCGAGUGAUGAACAUACAAUAAGUGAUCAUAAUGAAAGUAGGAAUAGUACACAUGAUAAUAAAAUGAAAGUAAUAAAUAGUUUAUUUGAAAAUACAUCUAUGCAUUCCUUGGCAAAUAACAAUUUGAAAGUUGAACCAGAAUCUUUAGGACAACAAAAUAUAUUUCUGAAUGAUGAAGAAAAGAAAAAAAAUAAGGAAAAGGAGAUAUGUGAAAAAGAAAAUGAAUGGAAAAGGCUUAUCAACAUGAUAAACAAAAUUAAUAAUAAUAAUAAUAAUAAUAGUAAUAAUAAUAGUAAUAAUAAUGUAAGUGUUUAUAUUUUUCAUAUAAACCAUCAUGUACAUACUAAUAUUAAGGAUGAUGAUAAAAAUGCAGAUAAAAAAUUUAUUAAUUCAUAUGCUCAAAAGACAGAUAAUAAAAAAAUAUAUUAUUUAAAAGAGCGUUGCUCAAAUUACAUAGAAACUAGCAUUAAACUUAUUAAAAAAUUAUUUGAAAAAAAUAAACGUAAUGAAAAUAUUUUAAUAUUUUUAAAUAAUGAAUACGAAAUUGACGUAGUUCGAAAUGGAUUAUUAAAUAAAGGUAUAGAUAGUAAGUAUAUACUUAUAAUAUAUGAUAUAAAUAAUAUGAAUGAUGAAUUUAGUAACAGCGAAUUAAAGAAUAAAAUUAUUCUUUUAAGAGAUUUGAUAUUAUAUUAUAAAAAGAUAAAAAAUAUAAAUUAUAUAAUAGAUACUUGUUAUAUGAGAGAUGAAAUUUACAAUUAUGAUAUGAAUAUAACAAAUAGAUAUACUAUAUUAUGUAAUAAAACAAAAUGUGAAGAAAGAGCAUAUAUAAGUACAGAUUCUAUUUGUUUUAGACUUAUAACGAUAGAUGAUUAUAAUAAUUUAUUGAAUGAUAUACCAUUACCUGAAAUAUUAAGAAAGGAUAUAUUUUAUAAUAUUUUUUUUUUGAAAUUUUUAGGAAUUCAAAAUUUGUGUUCCUUUGAUUUUGUUACAGCUCCUUCUUUAAAAUCUUUAAAAAAAUGUUUCGAAUUAUUUUAUAUUUUAAAAUUAAUGGAUAUUAAUGGAAAUAUAAUAAUAGAUAAGAAGAAAGGUCUUUUAAUUUGUUCUUUACCUUUAAAAUUUCGUUAUAGUAUUUUUUUAAUAAAUAGUAUAGAAUAUAAUUGUUUAUAUGAAGUAUGUGUAAUUAUUAGUAUGUUAAUAAAUGAACCAUUAUUUUUAUUUAAUCAUAAAAAUUUAGAAAAGGUAAGAACAAUGAGAUUGUCUUUAAUGGCUGAAGAAAGUGAUUUAUUAAGUUAUUAUAAUAUAUUUCAAAAUUUUUUAAGUGUUAAAAAUAAAAAAGAUUUCUGUCAUAGUCAUUUUUUAGUAUAUAAAUCUCUAAAGAAAGCUCUUCAUUUUUUUAAUAGAUUAAAAUAUAUAUUAAAACGUUUUGGUAUAUCUAUGAAACCAUCAGGAAAUAUAAAAAAUAUAUUUAAAGCAGUAAUAGCAUCAUUUUAUUAUAACGUUUCAAAAAUUAAAAAUUCAUAUGAAUAUGAAUUAUUAAAUCAGACAAACCGUGGUCAUUUAUUUUCUAUUGAUCCUUUAUCUAUAAUAAAUGAGAUAAAUUAUAUGAAGAGAAAAUUUAUUGUCUAUACUGAUGCUUAUACAAAUAAUUCUUCUAAAUUUUUCAUGAAGAACGUAACUGCAAUAGAUCCUAGUUGGUUAGUUGAGGUAUAUCCCUCGUAUUUUUUGAAUAAACACGCGCAAAAAGAAAUAUAG